CGCUCACUAACUGUGUUGUUUUCGUUCAUUCAAUUUGGUAGUGGGUGGAUUAUUGUUGUGAUUAUUGUUUGUUUGUUUAAAAAUGAAGUCGGUGAUUAUUUAACGAAUAGCAUAAUGUAAGGUGCAUAAAAAAGGGAAACAUACAUUUCAUCUAGUUGAGUGAUAAUUAAUAGGAAACGCCAGUUUUAUUCACUGAAGCCUACAUUUGGCUCUGUCAAACAAACAGCUGAUCAAAGUUUUGACAGCUAGAAACACAACAACAAGCGAAAAUCAGAAGGAAGGUCGACGUAAAUAAAUACAAAAAUACCGACUAAUCGCAAUAAAGACAUGUGAUAAUGGUGCCGGAUAAAUGUUUGUUGUGUUUCGUGUUAGUUUUGUUCAGUGCCGUUGCUGUUGCCACUCAAAAUGCCACCAUAACAAUGCCACUAAACAAACCAAUCACGACAAACAAUAAGGAACUAUACGGAGACUUUCUGUACGUCAACCAGUCCAGUACUCUACAAGUUAACUUUAGUGCUGUCCCGAAAACAGUAUCAUUUCUCAUAUUCCAAGUUCACAGUCACCUGGUUAAUGUGACAUUGUACAAUAAUACUCUUACUGCGGGGUCUUAUGUUGUUGGCACUAACAUUGGACUGUACACUUCUGCUAAAAAGCCUGAUACAUUCUUUAUUUACAAUCAAAAUGUUGAUGAUGUUCAAAUAUAUGUGUCUGUACACGGAUAUAAGAUUACAGACCCAAUCCCAGGGGGUUGUAACAUGGAAUUUCCCAUACCGAUAGCACCAUACCUCCGCAUCACUUACAACCGGGAGUAUUUCUUUGUUGACGGAGCCGCAGCCAAAGAUAUAACUGAUGUCAACUGCAACAGUGUGAAGGAUGUGGAGGUUACUUUCUACAGGGUGUACUUGAAAGAACGGGACUUCAGUCCGGAGGCUUACUUUGCGGGCCUAAAGAGUGUGAUGACUUUGGACAAUGUGCUUGAAAAUGGCGAGGUUAUCCCAGAAACAGGCGUGAUGUGGUCAAUGCGGCGCAUGCUGAGCGCCUAUGCUGGCACUGGCUCGGCGCUGGUGGGCGUGGCGCGCGCCGCGUCCGGCUACUCGCUGUAUGUGCCCGCCGUCACAUACGCAUGUCGUCCCGAGCUGGGCGAUGCUGACUGCGAGCUGCUGGAUGACGUGCUCUCCCAGAUGAUAUGCGCGGCCCUUCUGUUCGUGGGGCUGUUCGUCUGCUACUUCGGACACCGGUUCUUCAAGACGGAGAUGUUCCUCAUAGGGAUGGCCUCUGGUGCCCUCGUCACGUACAUCAUCAUCGCGAUUAUUGCGGAUUUGGAGCGGCCUGCUCUAGUGGGAGCGUCGCUCCUCUCCGGCGUAUUCUUCGGGGCCAUCUGGCUGGUGUUCUGGUGGUUCUACGGCAUCCCAGUGUUCGCUGUUCUGUUGUCCACGCUCAACCUCGGCUUCUUGAUCGCCGCCAUUGUGUAUUACCGGUUGCCUGGUGGCAAUGAAAUCCUAGAGCAAGACUUCAAUUUCUGGACAGUGUUCAUAUUCAUAAUGACACUCACAUCAGUCACAUUAAUAUCUAUAACCUUCCUAUCCAACUUGCUAUGCUGUUGCAUACUGGGAGCGUAUGCGAUUAUUUACCCUAUAGACUUCUAUAUAGGGGGCAAUUUGAAGUACAUUAUUAUAAAUACUUUGAGGAGAGCAACGGUUCCGAAGUUCAAUUAUGCUGUGUUGUCCCCACCGUUUCAGCUCAAUGACGCCCUGCUAACCCUGCUCUGGGUGGCUCUGGCCGCGACCGGGUUCCUGUACCAGCACUACCGUCACCGCGGCCGCCCGCCCUUCCCGCCGCCGCCGCGCAGCAUCAGCCCUAGGAUGCCCGAGGGUCCUACGGUGUAUGGAGUGUGGACUGGCUACCCUCAGCGAGUGAUCACAGUGACUCCUCAACCAGUGAACAUCAGGAUAGAGGAACCGGCCCGCACCACGGAAAGAACGCCUCUACUGGCCUAGACAUAAGGAAUAUAUUGGUAUGAUGUUUCAUAUAAUAAGUCGACCUUAUAUGAAAGCCUCUACAGGGGCUAGACAUAAGGAAUAUAUUGGUAUGAUGAUUAAAGUAAUAAGUCUUCCUUAAAUGAUUUCAUGGGAAUAUCAAAUGUCUCGUUAAGUUAUGUUUAGUUUUGUAGGAGUAAAGUAUACUCUAGCGUCUCAAAAGACUUUGGAUAUUACAGGUAGUGAAGACGUUGAUUUUUUAUGCGUUUGUUGAAUUUAUCAAAAAAAUAUAUUAAUUAUAAGUAAUACUGGCACAAAACUUAUAUCAUAAGUUACUAGCUAGUAAGUACCUUCUCAAAAUAAACCUAUCAUCAGAAAUAUAAAUGUUAACGUUAUAAACAU